AUGCCCUGGAGGGACCCGGGGUGGGGAGCACUGGGAGCGGCGUGCGCGUUUUUCAAGAACGAGAAGGGCAAACGGCAACCUGAUAAGGAAGCGCUGUGGACUAUCCUAUGCACGGAGUCUGUACACCUAAUCUGGAAACUAAGGUGUGAGCGUGUAAUCCAGAACGAUGGCCAGGAGUUCACCCAGCGGGAGGUAACUAGCCGAUGGUAUGCUGCGAUCGAACAUCGGCUACAACUGGACAGGAGAACGGCGGCUCUUGCAAGAGGGAAGAAAGACAUAAAUCCGGACUUAGUAGAACGUAUUUGGUACCCUAUCAUAGAAGGAGCCAGAGACUUACCACACGAUUGGGUGGUUGAUAGCGGGGUUUUAGUGGGUAUUAAGAGAGGACGUAGACAGGAUAAUUAG